UUUCUGUUUUUGCUUUGUCAUUAUGGGGUAUUGUGUGUAGAUUGAGGGAAUUGUUUUAUUGAAUCCAUUUUAGAAUACCCUCAAGUGUGUGUGUGUGUGUGUGUUUUCACCCUCAAGUGUGUGUUUUCACCCUCUAGAGUGUGUGUGUGUUUUCACCCUCGAGUGUGUGUGUGUGUGUUUUCACCCUCUAGAGUGUGUGUUUUUUCACCCUAUAGAGUGUGUGUGUGUGUGUUUUCACCCUCUAGAGUGUGUGUGUGUUUUCACCUCCGUCAUAAAGUUCCCUCUGGUAGGACUUUAGCCACCAGGAAGUUGUCCUACACUAGAAACCGAGGGGAGGGGUCACUUACUCCCUCCCCUCGUGUGUUUGUGAGACCUGUGGGGGUGAGUGAGGAUAAAGGGCCAGAUAGAGACGAACACUCCUCUCAAACAUCAACAGUCAUCACCUCAGCACAGGAGAAGGAAACAACAGACGGCAAAGAUGUGUUGCUCCGGGUUUCUCAAGAUUAUGAUGUUCAUCUUCAAUGGAGCCAUCUUUUUGGCAGGUGUGGCCAUCCUGGCAGUGGGGGUGUGGGUGAAGGUGGACAGUGGCUCUCUACUGGGAGUACUAGACAACAUUAAGGACGUCCCAGCAGAACUGGGCCAGCUGGCUAACGUGGCCUACCUGCUCAUGGGGGUCGGAGGGGUCCUGCUGAUCAUGGGCUUCCUAGGGUGCUGUGGAGCCAUGAAGGAGUCCAGGUGUAUGCUGAUGCUGUUCUUCAUCAUCAUCCUGAUCAUAUUCAUUGCAGAGGUGGCUGGGUGCGUGGUGGUCCUCGUCUUCCAACCACUGGCUAAGGAAGUUCUUGAGGACCUUAGUGAGAAGGUUGUUGACAGCAUUCAAAGAGACUACGGGAAGGAUGAGAGCCUGACUUCACUAUGGAAUGGUACCAUGGAACAGUUCAAGUGCUGUGGAUACCGCAAUUACACAGACUUCGAUGGAUCCCCUUUCCAAGAGAAGCCAACUAACCCUACGUACCCACCAACAUGUUGCAUUAAAACUGAAACCUGUACAGCUGCUGCUGCUGAACGCUCGAAUGUCAAUGGCUGCUUUACCAUGUUGCUGAACCUGAUAGAGGACAACGCUGUCAUCAUUGGAGCUGUUGGACUGGGCAUCGCUGCGCUUGAGAUUGCUGCCAUGGUGGUGUCAAUGGUUCUCUACCAACAGAUUGGUAACAAGUAGCACUGAGGACACCGACAUCCAGGACCACGCCUGUUUAACCAUCAUCAUUGCCUCACCUUGACACCUUCAGUCGACAUGUUUAAUUUCAAACACCAAAGAUUAUUAAAAUAUUUCAAUUAUAAAAGAAAAACGAGAGAGGAAGGAGCGUUGUUCAAAACCCUGUUGUGACUCGAUCACCUCCAUGGUAUAUCAACAAUAUCUGUAUACUGUAUAGGGCCUACUGUAUGCAUUCAGUACUUAUUUAUGUGUAAAUUAGAUUAUUUUAUCUCUAUCCUUAUUUGUUUCUUGCUGAAGCUGAAGACUUUACAUGAUGUUUUGAGAAGGUAAUUGCUUUACACUUGCUCUAACUGGCAAGACUUUAUUUUGUAUUUUUUAUUCAACAGUCUUGAAUGGAUAUACAGUGUCUCAUUUUGUACAUAUACAUAUUGAAGUUUAGAAAUUACCACAUUCAAUCUGACUUGUUUAUUUCUUGUUCUAUUCUUUAUGAGGAAAUUAAACAUGUUCUUAUUUGCAA